AUGGUGGCCAAGUCUAUCAGUCGAAGCAUCGACUCCAAGAAUAUCAUCCGGUUCUACCUCAUGCCUCUCCUCAUGUGGUCGCUAUCAAGUACUUCUUUUUUCUAAUUUUUUGUUAAAGUACGUUGACGUUGUCGUAGAGGUAGCACUACUAUAGCGAACUAUUCCCGUGGUCAUAGAUAAACCUGUUAGUAUUCGCAGACCUAACUUUUACGACAAACUUAUUCAGCUACAACCACUCAAAUUCGUUGCAUGGAUCACUUUUCUGGUUUGGUUUCGUUCCGAUGUGGCGCAGGCGACGAUGACCGCAAUCCGGACUUGACGGUGCACAACCUCGCUCUGCAGCCUGGAUUGACACCAGCGCGCCGCAAUGUGAUCAAAAUCCACAUUACGACAGGAGACUUUAACCGGUUAAUUUUUCCCUCCAUUUUUAGGUCUAUCCCACCAUGCGAACUAUUCUCCUUACUUCUGUUUAUUUUUUAACCUUAAUUCGCGAAUGACCAUAUCAGGGGCACACACGUGACCUUAAUAACCUACCAAUUUGAACUAAACAAGGAAAGCUAGGUAGUGUUGCUUCUGCAAUAGUACCUAUGAUGGUUUGAGAAAAAUUUCAGACCUCCUCCACGAUCCAGAUUUUCUUAGUGCGAAUACUGUAGAGAAGCUACUUUGUUGGGCUGCAGCCCUACAUACAUGCGUCAAUUUAAGUACCUAUGAAUGCAGCAUAUGCUACUUCUACUUGAUCAUGAGAUCAUGAUAAGGAGUUUCUCGAGCAGAAUAGUUUUCUCGUUCAUGCUCUUGCCGGACGUGAUGAAGGACCCGGUGACGAAGGAGACGACGCACACGUUGAAGUUUUUGAACUUGGAAACACCGAAGGGAGGGUUUUUCAACAAGCGUUGGGGCAUCCAGUUGUCGACAGAGCAUGAUACGCUGCCAACGUGGGGCUGGACCGACGGGUUCUUUUUGAAGGAACCAGAGGCGGGUAUGUCGACCGGGCGCUUGGUCAUCAAUGGACCGACAGGCUACGGGCCGAAACCCUUCAAGUCGGACACCGGGAACAAUGUGUAUGUGCGCAUUCAGUUAGGAGCGACCAUCUGGAAUAACGGCAAGCCGGAUGCCGGUACGUUCACCCUAAAACUGCCUGCCGCGUCGGGAAAAUCUUAUACUUGUUCCGUGUACGACGGCGGUACCGUGCCAAUGACGCUGCCUCCGUUUAGCGAUUUCGACAUGGACGGGUACCUGGAUGCCAACUUUGGGGUGCUGGGCACGCACCCGUCGGAGGGCUACUGGGCGGCGCAGAGUGGACCGGACUGCGACUACUUUUUGUCUCCAUACAUGACGAUCCAUUCGGGGCAAGUUUUCUUCAUCCAGCUUGCGGUGACGAACCCGGAAAACGCCAUGAUCAAGGACGACCCAGCGAAUGAGUGGAAGAUCAAGAUGCGAUCUAAGGGAGUGGGCGGCGACAGCGCCGUCGACAUGCCCAACUCUGGAGGCUACACCUUUUUGUCCUCCGAGACGUCGGUGAACCUGCCUGGUCGUCCCAAAUUGUGGUAUAAAAAUCUGGGAGUGCUGGACGAGAUCUCGCAGCCCGUACUGCAGCCGUUGCAGCUGAAGGCAAGUACGGUGGCGAGCCCGAUGGAGACGCAGUUGUACAUCUUUUUCCAGAUGCAGUCCUUCGUGGGCCGCAUGGGUUUCGUCAAGCUAGAUGCGCCCUGUGGCUAUGACUUUGGCUCGAGCUGCAAGGCUGCGCCGCUUCCGCCCUUUUACUACGAUUUCUACGAUGUGGGAAGCCUCCCGACCCGCAACUUCACGCGCAUCAUGCAGUGUCAGGGCAAGAAUAUUGUGGAUCAGUGCGGUGCGGACAGCACGCUCUUCAAUUAAGGCCUCUCCUUUCUGUGUAAUAAUGAAAUGAAACCGAAGAUUUUUCUUUGUAAGACAUUCUCAGAAGGAUGAAAUCUUUACGAUUUUUGGUCAAGAAAAGAAUAAAAGUCUUCAAGUAUUUUGUUCUUUCUAAUGUGCCCGAGCGCGCGUGAUGGUGGGCGAUAACGUCGUCGCUAUGGGUAAGUACGGGUUCCAGUUGACCGCCGUGCUGGCGAGCGAGUACUCGCAGGCGACGCAGAACACGUGGAAAUUGUACGUCGCAGAUUCCAGGGACUACGUGGUCGACGGUGUGAGGGAUACCCUGAAUCUGAUGCGAGAUUCCUUCACGGGUACGGGGACGGUGCCGCAAACGGACAAGGCGUUUGGACUCUUCAAGAGCGACUUCGAUUUGAUGCCCAUCAGCAUCAAGAUGAACUCGAUGAUGCCUACGAGCUUGGCGGGAAAUUUCGGAACCAUGAUGACCUUUGACGGCAUUCAGACAACGGUGGCGACCGCCACGACCCUCAGAAUUGUGGCGCCUCCCGGCUUCAAGUUCAAUGGUAAACCGGCAGGGUUGGUUGACACUUUCGUCGGUUUCCCGGGGUCCCAAGGUGGGCGUGCGCUCUGGAAAUGCAGUACUAUCCCAAAAAUUCUUUCUACUUCUGGUUCAUAUCACAGCACUCAAUUACUAGAUACCAGAUGUAUAAUUUUUAUGCUUUUCACCGUUUUUCUCAGUCAAUAAAUCACAUACACAUUUACACUUACCAAUAGCAUCUCGAAGCUAACAAGUUGAUUUAGAGUUUGAAUAUCCAACAGACAUCAAAUGUCAAUCUGUUUGAUUCUAAUAACAGGAGCGCCUCCGGUAAUUUCGGAUGAUAUGCGGGACCAACUGAGGUUCGAAGAGUGUCAAUUUGCAGCCAAUGUCAUGUACGGAUUCGACAUCGAGGUCGUUAUUCCUGACUUCUCUGCCAGUGAUGCAGGUACUUAGAAGACUUAAUAACUGAGUGGUACCUACCUAGGAUAAACGGUUGAUAACUCUGUUGUAACUGCUACUAAAAGUAACGGAGAACAAAUGAAAUAUGUCGAUGUUGAUUGAUGAAUGUUGUUCCUUGCGUGCUUUUCUCUUCAUGAUGCAAUGUGAAUGUAUUCUCUUCGAAAAGGAAUACACAGAUAAUUAGAACUUCUUUUAAAUUUAAAGAAGUAAAUGAACCACUUCUCUGGAUAGUUGUACACAUUUCUUUGCUGCUACAACACUACUUUAUCUCCUGUAUAAUAUGCAAUUCGUGAACCACCAGGUAACAUGUUCAUUGUGGAGAUGGGUUUCCAGGGGACCGAUAUCACGGGUUCUGGUACAUCAACGCGCUUGCACGCGCGCAUGAUCGAGAGUCCUUUGAUUAAGGCCGUGCGAAACACGCUCCUCGACUACAGUUCGAAUCGUGCGCAGGAUACGCAACGGCUUACAAUCUCUUAUGAACCUAUUACUCAUAGUGCGUGCAAUACAAUAGUUCUACUUCGCGUGUGUUCUACUUAACAAGACAGUCUGGUUUUCGAUCCAGUAACAUAAGCAUUUUUUAAGAUGUUGUAGCACCAGUGUGUACUUUGUGUGUGACAACUCAGUCGUCGGCUCUGUUGUAUUACUAGAACUAGCUUUGGACUCGUACGUCAAGGUCGAGCGUUAAAAAAAUCUCCUGUGGCCGCCUUUCUUAGGCCUUUUUUGGUAUCCCUAAGCUUAGUUGCGACUAGUGACCGCGUUGGAUACGUUGGAUGACGGUAUCGUGAUCGAGGGGCGCGAGGGAAACACGCAGUUCCAGUUCACCUGCUAUAGUGAGACUUUCCCUUUUCCCGGAUUCAUGCGAUUUCCCACCGAUUAUGGCUGUCAGUUCGCGAAUCAGCGAUACACACUGUACCGAAAAGAGGAGGACUUCCCGACAGGGUACUACAAGUGGCAAGUGCUCGUCGCCAACCCCAUUUCCGCGAUCCCCUCACCAGGGAGCUGGCAGUUCGGCACAUUAUGAUCGUCGAGUCAGAAAGUAGAAUAAGAUAACUUGUUACUAGUUGUAGUUGUACAAGUACAGAAAUUUUUACACGAUAGACAGGUACAAUUCAAAUAGAAGGGUAGCAGAGUUGCUGAUGACCAUUUUGUAUCCACCAAAUGAAUGCUCAACAUGGGACAAUCACCAGCCUAGGAAUCCUGUACAACGAAAAAAUUUCCCUUUCAUUUUGCUACCACCAGUCGCACAACGGUGGAUAUCCGAACAACAAGAUCGACCGUCCGGUGCUUACGCUUGGCUUCCCGACUCGGGAUAUGAUGCCGGAUGCGAAAUUAGUGCGGUUUUCGUCCAGUUCGAAGCAAGAGCAAGUGGACGUGGCGACGAAGCGCAACGACCGGCCGGGCUACCCGAACAAGCCUGCAGUAAACCAGCUCAUCUUCCAGUUUAACCUGAAAAAUCGCCCAGAAGAGGAGAGCAAGAUAAUUCUUCGCGGCCCGGAGGGAUUCCAAAUUGCGGACGACUGCACCGACAAAGUCAUCAUCGACGAAAACGACGUCUUUUAUGGCUGGUGUUGUGUGAUUGUUAUUUUUGUUUGGAAAGUAGGACUGACUCUCUAUUGGGGAGAAUAUGGCAUGACCAAGGGUGGGGGGUCGUACGACGAAGGAGGAUGUUGUUAGUCCACACUCAUAGUCAUCUUCGUGUUGGCUCGUGGCGACCUGUGUCUCUGGUGUUUCUGGCAUUCCUCUUUUGGUUUGCUUCUGGGUGUAAACUGAUAUGAUUUGCCCAAAGUGCGGCCAUUUUCAGUAGUAUUUUCCAUGCUAGGUCUGUAGCGUUGGAUUAUGCUCUCUCCGCCUUAGCACGUUACUGCUAGACUCUUUGGAACGGUUUCGACUUAGUUCCCUUUCCCUAGGGUCUGGUCUCAACGUUGAUUUGGCAGGUCAAAUCGGAGACAAAUAACAUGACAUCUUUGUCUUUGCCUCGUCACCGCUCACCUUCUUCUCAACUCGAGCGUCUUGAUGUAGGCGCGCAGCUCUUACUGCCCGCAAUGUCUUCUGGAGCUUGUUGUGCUCCACUUCGACGUCAUAUUCUAACGAAGCACCUUUGAUUGAGAUGUAUAAACGCAUAUGAGCGCAGUGUCUCGUCACUUAAAUUUCACUAUGUUCUUCACUCCCACGCUCCUUUCAUGUUUUUGGUGAGAAUACCGCGAGUCAGUGGGACCCUCAGUUUACCAAAUGGGCCCUAGCUUAUGCACCAACGAAAUGUGAAGCUGAAGGAAACCGCGCCAAUAUUACUGUCCCGAUAGGUCUCGACGCAGGAAGCACUUAUGUUUUCAGGUACUUAUAAACAUUAGAGACUGGCGACAUAAUAAGCUGUUAGUGUUGACUAAGUUUGAUGAAUUUAGUUGUUUAUUGAACAAACAAUGUUAAAAACCCGACAUCCCUCCAGGAUUUGAUGGAUUUUUAUCCACACACCAACAAUAGGUUAGAGAUAGCAAACAACCCGUCGGCCACACCUGACCCGAAUUACUGGACGUUGGAGUACAACGGGGAGGCGUCUCUCCCCUUCGAAGGCUUUACGAUGAUGACGGCUACCGACGUGAGCCUGACCCCGGUCUCAUUGUCACGACGGUCCUCCGAUCCGGUACACUAUUUUACAUUUGAUUGUAGUACUAGAAACCUCAGGACGCUUCAGUAACGUUCAUCUUCCUAUUAUUUAUCAUAUCAUUCUUGUGUUUCGAUGAUGAUUGUUAUAGUUUUGUUGUGUUAUGUUUGUUCAUCAGGUGAACGUCUUCGUGAACCCACUGGAGUUCGCAUUUACGCCCAUGCAAAGCGUUCCAGCGAGACAGGAGAAUCAGAAUUUUGGGGGUAUGGUGCGGAUUUUAGCACCACCUGGGUACGAGUACGUGACCGUUGCAGCAGACACACGUCGUAACUUAGACGAUGAGGAUGAAGAGGCACUCGCCGAAGAGGAGCGCGAGGAUCGCUUGCUGGCUAUGUGUGCCGAGGAGCAGUUAGUUAAGCGAUCAUUUUUUUGAUCUUCAAGGCUCAGCGAGCUAGAAGAGAUUCCUUAGAAGUUCUUAGAUGAGGAAUCUUAGUUCUACCUAGGAGAUAGAAAAGUUCCCACUAAGCUGGAGCGAACAAAGCCGGGAAGUAUGGAGGAAGUUGACUACACUCGCUGCGAGGCCACUGAAUUUGCAGCCGCUUCGGCACCAACAACACUCGAGACGUACCUUUCGGACGAGGGGCAUCGGUCUCAAGUGCAGGAGCGCGUACGAGCUGCGACCCGUCGAUCUGCCGCUGCGAAGCGACGGCGACUUUCUUCUACCUGCCAGGUAGAUUUGCGAACGGCAGACGGAACUAGCCUUAAGGAUCUCGCUUUAUACCAUAGUUGAUUUUUUUCAUAAAAUGAUAAUAUGGACAAAAUAAUGAACAUUGUGGCGGGGGUGAAUACGAAGAUUCAACUUCGGCAAAUGUAACUAGGAAGACCAUUUCUUGGUGACCACUGAGAUGCCAAGUUCUAAGAACUGCUUUGUCUCCGGAACGGACGUUAUCUGCGAAAUUACAGGCACGCUAAACGCGGGCAUGUACCUGAGUGCGAAGAUUAAGUCUUCCACAAAGAGCGUCAUUGCCGGGACCGCUUACAGGAUGACAGUCUAUGUCUACAAUCGUGCUUCCAUCGCUUAUCCGGUAAUUUUGAUUUUGCUUGAAUAGAACUCGGUUGUGACAUAUUUAUUAGUUUAUUAGUUUUUUUGUCGAGAGACAUCAUGAUCUUCCCCAACCGUUUUAUGAUCUUUUUGACUAUCAUAAUUUCUAAAAAAUUCAGCACAGCGGCUUUUACGCAUCGUACUACGAAACUAAGAGUACUACAACGAAUUGAUAUCUCAUCUCUCUUACUCUUUUCAUAGGACAACGGCGGCGUCUUCGAGAUGGAAACUUUUGCGGUGUCGGAGGACUCUGGGCUGGUCACUACCGAGAAUUCGCGACUCGAUUUGACGCAGAUUCCGGGAUUCCCGACAGUUCCUUUGAUGUACGAGUGGACCGUGACAAACCCUGCUUCGCAGCUCAUGGGUACAUUAAGGCUUGUUUUUCUCUUUCAUUCAUUUGGAGACAUUUUGAGAAGAAGCAUCUUUGCGUUUGGCCCUUUUGUUUUCGUUCUUCAGGAGAGACCCGUUUUCAUCUACGGGGAUGAAAACAGGGCAAAGAUGAGACUCUCUGGAUGUUGGAAAUUUGGGCAAGCUCUUCUAAGUAGAGAGCCAGUCCGUGACGUGGAAUUCGCGUUGCGGUUGCCGGAUGCCCUCUAUGAUUUAGACGAGAUCUGGAUUUUAGCUCCGGAAAAUUUCAACCUGGCCGUGGGAACCACGGGCGCGUGCAACAACUUCCGCUGGGUCUCCGGUUCCAGUCCUUUCCCCACAACCGUGACGCCUCUGUGCGAGUGCAAUCCGUUGUGGCAGGUGAACGGGGUGCAGCGCUGUGGCAUGAGCAUGGUGAUGAACAACUUCGGACUGCUCACUGUGUCUACCGACCAGAACGCGCUCCGCUUCAUGGUGGACACCGCCAACCCUUCGAAGGUGGUUUCUGAGAUCGGAAAUUACUGGAAGUGCAGUCACAUGAAGAAUAUAGGUACAAGAAGUAUGCAGCAUAAGUGUUUGCCUGCAUACUACAUAUACUGGCGUUUUUACAGCAACAUGAUGUUUCUUUCACAGUCCUUUGUUUUUUUUCUCCGCGCGACAUUUAGUAUCGCCUAUGGAUUUAUAUUGUUAUCCUUAUCCCGCAGAUCAUGACUCUACAUACUAUGAAUUGUCGAUUCUACACAUAUAAAGUUGAAGUUUUUUUAUCAUGUUCGUCCAUCCCUUUCCCCUCGUCCCAACAUUUCCCCCAUAUCCGAUAUCAACCCACCUUCGGGCAUUAAAGAUUUUAUGGUGUUGUUUUGUACCUUUCCAUAAUAACAGCGGGAUCUUCAUCAGGUUCCGUGAAUUUGAACGGAGUAGCGCAGGUUCAGUACGAGGUAAAGAGCGAGCACGCCUUCCGCUCGUGGGUCGUGAAGCCGCAGCUACAGCAGGUCUCGAUUACCAUCCACAACACGGCUCGUAUGGCAGCAGAGGCCCAUACAGACCUCAUGUUUCGCUUCCUUGCGGUUAACAACGCAGUCACGCUCAAGAUCGAAGCCAUGCAGCCAGCUGACUUCCGCUUCGACGCCGCAGCCGUAGACAACUUCCAGAUUGACGGAGCGACCGGUACUGUGUGCUAUGGAAAUUUCACUAUAUAUUUACAAGACAAGUAAAAAAUAGAAAGUACCUACAGAUAGAUUUAGGAAAGUAGGUAGAAAGUAGCUAGAGAUUUAGGGAAGGUGGAAAGUAGCUCGAGAUUUAGGGAAGAAAAAAAGUAGCUAGUUAUGAAGUAAGACUUCUUUCCUGCGAGGUUCCGGUUCGUCUAUCGUCAGCAUAUUUCAUAGGUGAAGGAGAUCAUCCAAACUUCUAUUUCUUAUAGGAAACAAUGUGUUGGUGCUUAACAACAUGGACAUUCAAAGCGGUGCAACAAAGCAGAUUCUUGUGCGAAAUGUCAAGUUGGGAGUGCAGGGUGGUCCGACGGUCUUCAACCUCCGAACGUACGACCGAGCCCUUUUAGGUACUUCAUAGUGCUUUCAACUUCUUGCAUUGAAGUCGCUCUAUAGUUAGGUCGCGAUUAACUUCAAUCUUAUCGCGUUGUUAUAACCUCCAUUACGUGAAAGCGUCGUCUUCGGUUCCACAUAAUCGAUCUUCCUAGUUAUUGUAGCAUUUUGUUGUAGGACUCUUUGACAUAAAUCUACUAGCCUCACAGUAAAACGUACUGCAUUUUAUUUGUGAAAAUUCAACCCAGGUGGUCAAAUGCAGGAUGCUUCAGAUUUACAAGAUGAGAAGAUAUCAGUGAUAGGAUUUCGAAUGCCUGGGCUUCUCUCUGUCAUUCCUGGAAGCAUGCGCCUCGAGAGCGACUUCGCGGCGAAUCCAACAGUCUAUUUAAGGCCCGCGAUAUUUAAUUUUGUCUCUGAUCGAUCGCAAUAAGUAGUCGCUACAAGAAAUAUGCAAUAUCCACUUGGAAAACUGCACAGGAGGAUGUUUCUACAUAUUACGAGGAUUUUGUGAAGUCCUUUUUACCCACCUGUAGAAGUAGGUUUUAUCUAUCAGAGAAACGAAUCAGGGACCGGGAGUCAUCAUGUCUCUCUGCAAAUCCAUGAGAGCUCUAAUGAAUCCAGUGGAAGCGAUGUUCCCUGCGCGUGAGCUGGAGCUGAACACCGCUGUGAUGAUCUUCCAAGUGACGCAGACCGUUUUCGCGCAAAGUCUGAUGCUUGUUACCUGCGAGGGCCAGGAUCGCUACAUUCUCGAAGCGAGUGGGUUCUCGUUAACCGGUACUGGAAGCAUCGACAUUGAUACGGUUUUAAAUGCGGUGACCGGUUCGCUGGAGGUGACGCUCAAGCCCGGUGGAGAAAGCUCGGUCUCGGUGCUGAUUCCUGGGCAGCAAUACACGAUGAGGUUCCGCGUGACCGCGAAGAUCGGGAACAGCAACUGGCGCGUGGUCACCUACACGAGUCGCGCGGCGUUUCUAGGUGGGGAGCUACCGUCGAACACUAACGACGGACAGACGCCGCCCUUCGCACCCGUGUACCGUCUCGGCUUCGACAUUGCGGUGCUCAACAGCCGCUCACCGCCUCAGGCUGAGAUCGAGAUCGCGUUGAACAUCCAGCCACAGGGUGCGCAAGUUAAGCAGGUGAUCAUCAUCGGACCGGAGGGCUUCGAUUUCCCCAUGAAUUGCGGCAACAUGUGCACAAAGUACAACAACGUGGGCGUACAGAAUCGACGCUCCAUCAAGCUCGAGUCGCCGCAGGGCACCCCAUUGACUGCCUUGGAGCUUUCAAACAUGGUAGUGAAGACGAUCACACCGAGUAUGACACCAGGACAGCGAACCUGGUACGCGCAAACGAGGUACAAUUUUCGUUUCUCAAAAGUAUUUUUCGAGUAGAUCACAUCGGUAACAUGAUCUUUCUGUGAAUUGAAGCGCUUGUUCGCAGUUGCUAAAGAAUUAUUGCUCGUUUUUUGUUCGUUUCGUCACGUUUUUUUAUUCAACAUCUUCAACGUUUACAACAAGUGUAUUCACAUGAUUUGUGCUAACUUGUAUGUUUUGCUUUCGCACUCAUUUCCACAGGAGUGGUUCCGUCGUAAUGGGUGGUAUGCAAAUCACCGGUUGGCACCGCACAGUCGGGUUCGAAAUCAAGCAGAUGUCAAACACGAAGUUGUGGUAUCCGUCGAGGCGCGCACUGAUGGGGACGCUCUUUGCCUUUACUUUUACUCUGGGAGUAGACAACGGGCAGCGAAUCGAAGUCAAUCCUCCCAUUCUCUACGAGCUCUACUGCUCCACGAUGCCGAUGACCGGACGACCGGCGCUGCAGGCGAUUUCGUUACCAGGAGGAGAUCCGACCUGCAUAGACUCUCCUUUUUAAGGCGUCCAUUUAGUCUGCUCCUGACAGUACAAUGUGCUCAUGACUGUCUGUAAUCUGUUCCUUACUGACCAGACCUGUUUUUGUCUGUAGCAUUCAUCCCGACGCUGUCCGUCUUCGUGCGCCAAUAAAGGUAGCCAACUAGACGACGGUAGUCGUACUAGCAAGCCAAUAUUGUCGUGGCAAAGUCUUGAAUAAAGUAAGUAUGCUGUCUUUCUCUUGCAGCUAGGCAAGAAAUGCGGGGCGCCAUUUGAAUCGUAAACAACGACUUAAGCUGUACGAUAAUGCUUUUUUGUUCCUCCAUGUUACUCUAUUUGUUAUUGCUCUAAUCCUCGACACUGAUACUCGCAAGUCCUCUUUAUGCGGGCACCUACUCGUUUAUCAUCGGUGGGGAUGUGCCGGCGCAGGCGCCUCCAGCGGGACAGACACAGUACUAAAAAUAUUAUGAUAGAUCGUUCUUGUUUGAUGAUGUUGCGAGAGAAGCAUCGACUUCGAUGUGAUGAAUCGUCUGAAAUUGAAGGUGGUGGACCUCCCAGCCAUUGAAUAGUGUCUCAUGUACAGGUUCUUUUCUUUGGUGAUCAAAGACAAUCGAGGAAUGGUCCUAGAUGCGGCGUAUGACAUUCCUGCGGUGAAUCCGCUACAAGAAAUACCCGCAUCGUCGGUUAACUUGAGGUGGCAGGGCGCACCGGCUCGCUUACGCACAACCGUUGUGACAAUAGGUAUUUCUAUUUGUUCUCAUGUCUACUGGAAAUAGACUUUCCUUCUUCUAGUAGGGUAUUUCGACAUUCAAGGAGCGAGUCAACAAACCUCUCUGAGAUAGUGCAUGUCUUGUGACUAUAGAAGUAGCUUCAGUAACGACUUUCUUACUCACCUCUUAACCAGAGAAGCAUAAAAUCUUACCCCGUAAACAGGUAUUACUCUGGAUCGAGCGACCAGGGAGAUCGAGGCUUUCCUAAUCACGUUCCCACCUGGACUCAAGCACGACAUUCAGACGAGCACAGAUGUGAAAAAUCUAAACAAGGCCUUACCAGUGGCCCCUGCCACUUCUUGGGUGGAUCACGGAAACGACAUGUACCUCCGCAUCCUGGUGGAUCAGUUUGGAAAUGAGGUGGCGCAAAUUCCAAAAGGCACCUACGAGUUCGAAUUUCCGAUCCUCUUCUUAUGGCUGGUGACGAUUACAUGCGAAUAAAUUAAAAUUAGAAUUAGUCUUAUAUAUGUGGUAAGAAGCUGCUGUAUCAGUAGUGUCAUAUGAGAAGAUCCUAAUAAAUAACCUAAAUUGAGGCAAGGUUUUGCAAACAGUGUAGGAGAGCUCCGAGAGACGCAAUGAUGAUAGAGUGAAUCAUUGAUCGCAUUGAUCUACUUUCGUUUUCCUAGCUAGGCUCUGCUCUGCUCUCUUAUCUGAGUUGGAACUAGACAUCAAUCAUUUUCUUGGUAAAUCAUAUUCAUGACAGAUGAGGUAAUCCAAAUGACAAUUAGAAAUGCGUUGUACGUCGACGUACAUACGUAGUUCUCGACGUACUAAAUAGUCCUACGACUACAUAGCUCUCGACGUACAAAGACGCGUGUAUUAAGUUUUUCUACGUACUACAUAGUUUUCGACGAGGUUUUCCUAGUCGUCUUGCUCACAGCUCUAAUGUUUCCAGCCCAGCUUCCAGCGGAAAAUAUCUGGUAUUUUUCGCUCUGCGCGGAAGACACCUGCUCCCAGAUUUUGACCGACGGAAGCACGAUCAUCCCUAUGACCUUCCCUGUAGGAGGAUUCCGAGAAAGCGAAGUUUCGCUUUAUGCCACGCGCACAUCGGGAAGCAGCAGAGCUGUGCCGUUCUGGAUGCGCUGGAUGCGCGACUCACUCGGUAGGACACACGGCACUCGGACACUCGCUUUUGUCCUCUCCGUCGCUUCGCUCCUCGCUCCGGUUGCCGCUCUCACAUUCCGCGACAGACGGCGGUAACUCUGAUCCUACUAAUCUUAAUACAUGUGAGAUGUUGCGUACUAGGGUACAACAGCGAUCAGGUUGUCGAGCCAAUGUUUACUAAAUCAUACCUUGAGGGGGCAAGUCACCACGAAGAUAUACUCAAUUACAUUUACAAUCAAUGAAUUAGAUGCUGAAUCUUGUAUGUAUAGGAAAAGGAAUACGAAUUUGACAAAUUAUUGCAAAGAUGAUUAACGAGUAGAAGGCGAACCAUCAUGUAUCACUAGUUCUAGUUCUUGCUGGCCAGUUCUUUUUUUGGACAACAUGGAAAAGUCUUUUCCCUGCUUUUCUGCGUAGUCGCUCUCAGACGUCGAGAUGAACUGUAUUUCAAUUUCAAAUUGUUUUGAUUAUAGUACGUUGGGUGACACCAGUGGAAAGAGGUAUAGGUGUUAGUGCAAACAACUAGUACAAACAAUGAAUAUAGAUUCCAAGAGAAUCUCGAUACAAGAAUACUAAAAGAUCAUUGAACAAUGCUAGUGGAACAAGAGGAACAAGAAUUAGAAUACAGAAUGUUGAUUUCCCCCGAUAUAAUCUCUUGAAAUUAAUUCCCCCGACUUCCUCCAUAACGUGCUACUCUCGUCCGCAAGGUUUUUCUUCAGAUUUCCACAAAAAUUCAAGCACACAACCAAAUAAUUGCUUCUUAAUCUUAACUUCGUCUUAAUCUUAUAUAGAAGUAGAUCGUGACAGCUUGUCGGAGGCUCGUUUACGAAGGGCGUGCCAAGAUUAGGAGUGGGGCUCUCAUUAAGUUGCUAAAUAAGGCUCCUAGAUCGAUAACAAGAACCCUCGCAUGCAGAUGGGCCGCGACUGUCAUAAGAGAUAUUCUCCUGUUCUUGAAGAUGAAGACGACUAGUAUGAUUUCAAUGUUGUUGUAUAUUGCAUGGUGUCGAGGUGCAUUUUAAGGGAAAAGUGGCGGUGGUUUCUUAACAAAACUGACAGGCCGCCAGGGUGCUGUCAGUCUAUUGGCUAGUUCGGUUCUUGUGUUAUAUUUAUUGGUUUCUCCUACACGCUGACCGGGUACUCCCCUACACGCUGACCGGGUACUCCGUCUUCCGUCAUCUCUUUUCACAGUAGUAAAGGGUGACGCAAAUUUGAUGCAAUAGUGCGAGAAGAACAACACCAUUCAAUAAUCCAUGCUCUUCGCUGCGUCGUACUAAAGUCGCGCCAUCGUCCUGAAAUCGCGACGACCUUCGUAUAAGGACGUUUGACAAUGGGGGGAACAUUACGAGCGAAAGGUACAAGAGUUAAGAUGGCAUCCCUCAAACUGAGCAGACCGACGCCAUUUCAUGUUCUUGAGCUUUGUAAAUUCGAUACUGAUGAAAUUCCAGUUGCAUUGAUGUCAAGUCUGAUUCUGCUAAUAAAGAUCCUUAUGGUCUUCCUACGAGGAGUAUUGUUAUGCUAAGAUCCCCGGUAUGCUUAUAAUGAUUUGAAAAUUGAUUAUAC